GGCAGAGGCAGGCUGAUCUCUGUGAGUUCCGAGGACAGCCUGGUCUACAGAUCGAGUACCAGGACUGGCUCCAAAGCCACAGAGAAACCCUGUGUCAAACAAAAAAAACCCUGAAAUGUGUCUUGUUCUGAGUUCUAAAUGUUGCACCUAGAGUCUGGAAAGCGCAGUACCAUGUUUAAGGCUGUCAGGUCACAGUAUUUUCAGUUAGAAAAAACAUCAUAAGCCAAGUGGUGGUGGCACAUACCCUUAAUCCCAACAAUAGGGAGGAAGGGGCAGGUGGGUCUCUUGAUUGCAAUGCCAGCCUGGUGUACAGAGCAUGUUUCAGGAAUACAUAAACCCUGUCUUGAAAACAACCAAAAAAGAAGAAAUAAACAAGCAUUAUAGUAUGGGACAGUAUUAAAAGACAUUUGAGUAAUUAUAGUCAGUCAUGUACAUCAGAAAAAUGUCUGCAUUUGUGUUUUGUCUCCUUGGAUCAAGAGAAGUACUUUUUCCAUAGACAUAUGAUCAAACUGGUUUUUGGUUUAUUGUUUUUGUUUUUUUCUGUUCUUGCAUUGCUGUGUCUGGCCAAGAACUCACCUUGUAGACCAGGCUGGACUGGAACUAACAGAGUCAGAGUUCCACCCACCACUGUCUCCCAACUUCUAGGAUUCAAGGUGUGCACCAACAAGAUGAUUCAAACGGACGUGUUUUAUUUUUGUGGAAUGUUGACAGCCAGUGGUGUGACUGUGAACCUCUCCCAGGAGGAGUGGCAAUGCCUGGACCCUCCCCUGAGGGCCUUGUACAGAGACUGGAUGUUACAGAAUUGCAGCAGAAUGGUUUCUGUGGGGCUCACUGAUCACCCAGAUCUGCUCACCUGUGCAGCAGAACAGAGGGGCUGGAAGAUGGAGACAGAUGAGACAGUAGUAAAGGAUCCAGAGAAGCAAGCCUUGUUCCUGAAAGAGAAACUCAAAGAAGAGAAACGGAAAGAAAUGGCUGAUUCUCCAAUUAAUCUGUUCCAGGGUGUGCUGACCUUCAGGGAUGUAGCAGUGGAUUUCUCCCAGGAGGAGUGGGGAUGCCUGGACUCUGCUCAGAGGGCUUUGUGCAUUGAUGUGAUGCUGGAGAAUUACAGCAACCUGCUCUAUGUGGAGAACUAUUCUAAGUGUGAUCCUGUCCGUCACCAUGUGAAGACUGAAAAGGAGUCUUGUCAGUGUAAUGAGCUUGGCAAAGUGCUUCAUGACCCCUCCACAUGUGCACUUUAUAGAACAAGUGAAACUACAGAAAACUCCAAUAACUACACAUGCAGUAAUCACAGGGAUGCCUCUGUUGACUCAUCAAACCCAGACAGACGUGAAAGCAGGCACACUGGAGAAGAACUGUGCAUAUCUAAAGACUGUGAGAAAUCUGUAAAUUUGUGUUCCAACACUACUCAACAUCAGAGAGUCUACACUGCAAAAAAAGAUCACAGGCAGGGAGAAUGCGAUGACUAUUUUGUGUCUACAUACAGUCUUGUGCAACAACCAAUCCACAUUGCAGAGAAACCACACCAGUGUGAAAAAUGUGGGAAAUACUUCAGUACUACCUCAAGCCUCACUGAACAUCAGAGAAUUCAUACUGGAGAGAAACCUUACAAAUGUCAGGAAUGUGACAAAUGCUUUACCGUGAAGUCAACUCUUACAAAGCAUCAAAGAAUUCAUACUGGAGAGAAACCUUACAAGUGCAAUGUUUGUAACAAAUCCUUCACCCAGUACUCAAGUCUUAAAACACAUCAAAGACUCCAUACUGGAGAGAAGCCUUACAAGUGCAACGAGUGUGACAGAUCCUUUACCCACUAUUCGUCAUUUAGAAGACAUCAGAAAACUCAUUCUCUAGAGGAAAUGUACAAAUGCAAAGAAUGUGGUAAGUCCUUCCUUGAAGUAUCACAUCUUAAAAGGCAUUACAGAAUCCAUACUGGAGAGAAGCCUUACAAAUGUGAGGUAUGUGACAAAUCCUUUAAUAUGUCCUCAAAUCUUAGAAAUCAUCAGAAAAUUCAUACUGGAGAGAAACUUUACAAAUGUGGAGAAUGUGACAAAUCCUUUAGCCUUGACUCGUAUCUUAGAAUACAUCAGAGAAUUCAUACUGGAGAGAGACCUUACAGUUGCAGAGAAUGUGGAAAGUCAUUUCAUCAGUUGUCAGCACUUAAACGCCAUCAGAAAAUUCAUACUAGAGAGAAACUUUACAGAGGUAGGGAAUGUGACAAAUCCUUUACCCAGGACUCACAUCUUAGAGCACAUCAGAGAGUUCAUACUGGAGAGAGGCCUUACAGAUGUAAAGAAUGUGACAGAUCUUUUACUGAGUGUUCAACUCUUAGACAACAUCAGAAAAUGCAUACUGGAGAGAAACCUUACAAAUGUAUGGAAUGUGACAAGUCCUUUACCCUUAAUUCAUAUCUUAGAACACAUCAGAAAGUUCAUACUGGAGAAAGACCAUAUAAAUGCAAAGAAUGUGACAUGUCCUUUAUCCGGAUAUUUAAUCUUAAAAGACAUCAGAAAAUUCAUAGUGGUGAGAAAAAUACCAUUGCAAAUAAUAACGAUAUAGCUUUAUCUGCAGUUCUGUGCUUAGAAAUCACAACAAUAGAAACAAAGAUAAGAAACUUGUGAAUGCCUUAAAUGUUAAAUUUAACAGAAUUUAUAUGAAAUUAACAUCUGCAAAAAUAACUGGGAAAAGUUUUUUUUUGUUUUGUUUUUUUGUUUUGUUUUGUUUUUGUUUGGAGACAGGGUUUCUCUGUGUAGCUUUUGAGCCUAUAUGGCACUCGCUCUAUAGACCAGGCUGGCCUUGAACUCACA